CAAGAUGAACCGAAGAAUACCGUCCGACCGCCAACCGAAACCCAGUGCUGGAGAUGUGGUGGUAAGGGCCAUCUACGAGUACAGUGUAAAUCGAAACCGAUACUUUUCUGCUCUCGAUGUGGUAAGAAGGGUGUAAUGUCCAGAGAUUGUCAGUGUCCGUUACCGAGGACCUCCCCAAAGCCGGGGAUCCGUCAGUUCCAAUCAACUCCAUCCCCUGUUAUUCCGAAGAAAACCUUUUCUGAUAACCGUCCUAUAAUUACUGUUCUUAUAGGAGACAAGGAGUUCCAGGCACUAUUGGACACCGGAUCAACCAGGUCCUUCAUCAGCAGUGAAGUGGCUGCUCACUGCAAGGCCGCUAGAAUAAAUCCGAAUUAUGUUAGGGACGUUACCACCACUGUCGCUAACGGAAGUUCUAUCCCGAUUGAGGAAGUGUACACAGCACAGGUUCAGGUUGGAGCCGAAAAUAUUGAGGCUACGUGGUUGUUAGUUUCAGAUUUACCGAUCAGUGUAGUACUGGGAAUGGAUGUACUGAGAGCACACGACUUCUCCAUCAAUCUCCAAACCGCCGAAUGCUUUCUGAAUGGCAGGUCUCUAAAGGACAAGCCCAUGACGCAGGAAAAGCAGAAUCCAUUACCGUUACCGUUACCGACCGAAGGAACCAUAUGCCUGACCGAGGACAAUGUAAGUUGCUCAUGGUACAGGAGGAAAUUGGCAGAGAGCCAGAAUUGGGAAAUCCCUGGAAGUUAUGUGUUCCGAAAGAUGACCGAAGAGAAGUCCUUCUCGAAAACCACGACCGACCGACCGCUGGACACUUGGGAAUAGCAGAAACAAAAUUCCGCAUAGCCCGCAGCUACUAUUGGCCAGGAAUGUUCCGAGAAAUUGCCCAAUAUGUCCGAAAAUGUAGCAAGUGUCACCGAUACAAGGUUCCACAGCAGAAACCGGCAAGGAAUCAUUCCUAUGUGGUGGA